UGUUCUGCCAAUCGCUUGAGGACAGAGUGGGAAAGGGGAGCAAGCGGAGUUAGAAGCCGGACAAAAGAACUUAUAGACCCAUUAUUAUACAUAUUUUUUUUUUCCCUAGUGUUUUAGGGAGCGUGGUGUGGCGAGAGACAAUUGCGGUGCGCGCGGAUGGACUUGUCAGUGUAGUUAUGGAGCCCCCUUUAAGCAAGAGGAAUCCAGCGAUAAGAUUAGCGGACUUGGCAGCGACUCAACCCCUUCCUCAUCAGAAUAUGACAGGCUUCCCGGGGCUAGGGGGGCAUCACCCUCUCUCCCACCAUGCCCACCUCCACCCUGGGGAGCUGGGCAACGACCCCGGAGUGGCACUCACUCCAUUUGGACCCGAGCACAUGGCACAGACAAAUGCUCUCAAACUUAGCCCAUCGCAGCACAUCCAGAGCCACCACGAAGCCCAGACCGCGGCAUCUUUCACUUCGGCUCAGACCACAGUUGGUUUCCCCGUGGCUCACCCCCACUCAGGCUACUCAAGCAGCAGGGACUUCAUCCUCAGGAGAGAACUCUCAGCCUCUGCUAUGCAUGCACUUGGCGACCAGCAUAGUUCCGCCUCCUCCCCUCAUCACCAUGGCAUGUUCAUCUCUCCAACAGGUGCUUAUGGGCACGCGGAAAGUGGGGCCCAUUCACUUUUCACUGGACUCCACGACCAGGCGUCCCCAGGUGCCCACCACCACCAUGCCCUCAACGGGCAGAUGCGCCUGGGCAUACCGGGCGACAUCUACGGCAGGCCGGAGCACUUCGGCCACAGGCCGGAGCACUAUGGACCCUCUUCUCUCCACAGCUACAACUCCAUGAACCUCAAUGUGAACAUUGCGUCUGCUCCUCACGGAGCGGCGGGGGCGUUUUUACGAUACAUGCGGCAGCCCAUCAAGCAGGAGCUGAUCUGCAAGUGGAUCGACCAGGAGCAGAGUCAGAAGAAGCCCUGCUCCAAAACGUACAGCACCAUGCACGAGCUGGUCAACCACGUCACGGUGGAGCACGUCGGGGGACCGGAGCAGAGCAGCCACGUCUGCUUUUGGGAAGAGUGCCCGCGCGAGGGGAAGGCUUUCAAGGCGAAGUACAAACUGAUCAAUCACAUCCGAGUUCACACGGGAGAGAAGCCGUUCCCGUGUCCCUUCCCCGGCUGCGGGAAGGUGUUCGCUCGCUCGGAGAAUUUAAAGAUUCACAAGAGGACUCACACAGGAGAGAAACCCUUCAAGUGCGAGUUCGACGGCUGCGACCGAAAGUUCGCCAACAGCAGCGACCGGAAGAAGCACUCGCACGUGCACACGAGCGACAAGCCCUACUACUGCAAGGUGCGCGGCUGCGACAAGUCCUACACGCACCCGAGCUCGCUGCGCAAGCACAUGAAGGUGCACUGCAAGUCGCCGCCGCCGCCGUCCACCAACGUGGGCUACAUCUCCUCCUCCACCAACCCCCUCGGCGACCCCCUCUCGCCCGCCCCCGAGCCGCCGCCGCCGCCGCCGCCGCACCGGAACCGCGCGGCGAACCUGUCGCCGCAGGUCACCAACCUGAACGAGUGGUACGUGUGCCAGGGCAGCGGGGGCCCGCACAGCCACCUCCACACGCCCUCCAGCGACGUGCCGACGUCCGACUCGGACGACGAGGACUCGUUCAGACACUCGGACCCGCGGACGAUGCUCUGACGGGCCCCCGCGGGCCCCCGUGGCCCCCCCGCUCCCCCCGUUCGCGACCACGUGACUCUCUAAUGCGUUGUCAGUGUAAAGUGUGUUGGUGAUCCACGGUGAUCCACGCGUCGUCGGAGUAUAUUGAUCAGUUGUUUCCGCUGUAGUGCGAUUAAACCGCCUGUGCUGAAACCAGCAGCAGCGUGGAUGAAGGCAUGCCUCUGAGGGGUGACCUCCUGACCUUUCUGGAAAAAAAAACUAGAUCGGAACUGUCAAAAUAAAACACUUAACUGACACCAGAGCUGAAAUUAGCGUCUUAAAAACGUGUGUAUCUCUUAUUUGCAAGGACCAAUUUUCUUUUUUAAGUGAGCAAAUUUAUGCAUAGAACUUUCCAAUCUGAUUUGUUUUUUUUUACAAAACCAGUAUGCAGGGGUUUAAUUCACUGCAUGUCUGAAGACUCAACUGGUGUGCCGAGGUGACAUCGUCCAUGUGACCUCCCAUCAUCCCCUCGCAGUUUAAUAACUGGGCUGCUAUCAAUCACUGUCACAUCCCAGACGUUUAAGGGAAAAUAAAUAAAUGGUACUGCUCAUAACGCCACAACUGGUAACAAAUUAUUAUUAAUGGACAGAAUCUAGUGGCUAUAGAGUUGAGUCAUUUUUUAUUUUGUAUUAUUUCAUGUGAUUUCUUUGAGAUGUUGUACAGACUUUGAUAAACCAGUGAAGGAGUAGGGGGAGGGGGGGGGGGGGGGGCAAACAUCUGUGUGUCUUAAAGGGGUUCUCAUUUUAUCUUUUCAGAUUUAUACAACACGUGUGUUUGGAUGGAAUUUUUUGUAAUAUUUAAGAACUAUUUAAGACUAUAUUUUAUGCACAGUACACAAGUGUUACGCUUGUCAAAAGAGUGCGAGCGAAGUCCCCCGAGACCCUAAAUGUCUACACUGACGGGGCGUUUGGCCCUGUAGGAUUUGUACAUAUGUAACUGUAACUGAUGCUUGUCGUGAACGUUGUGUAGUUUUAAUUACAGGAAGAAGAAAAAAAUAAGUUGUUUUUUUGUACAUUGUAAUUUAUUUGCUGGCAUCAAUGUUGUACUGGAAUUACAGAAACACCAAAGAAUAAUAAUAUCAGCUUUGGUGAUGAAUAGUACCCUGCUGAUGUUUUUUUUAAUUUUUUUUGUUACUUUUUUUUAACAAUUUUUUUAAUUGUGUUCUGUAAUAGAAAAAAAAAUAAUUUACUUGAAUAGGCUGUGUAAUGUGAAAAGUCCCUUCCUCGCAUGCCUUUAUGUUUAGUGAAUUGUCUUUCUCUUCUCUUCUUGCAUGGUGCUGUUGGACAUGAUGGAAGAAAAAAAAAACAAGAAACGAGAUGAAUCACCCACGAUUGUUGCAGACCAUUGCUGUCAAAAUUUACAAUAUAAAAAAAAUCUUGCUUAAAAAAAAAAAAAAAUAUUAAAAAAAUUACCAGUACGUAUACAGUAAAUAAUUAACAAGUGUCAA